CUGCCGCGGUGCUGGAAGCCUCGGGUCUCCCGGAAGUGGCCUGGGUCUCUCGGUCGGGGUCGCCUCCGCCGUGCUGCAGCUGCCGCGGGCCGCGAGGGCGAUGGCCGGGGCGGGAGCGAUGGCGGAGGCGGCGCUGCUCCCGCCGCCCGAGGCUGCGGCCGAGCGCGACACUCGGGAAAAGCUGGCCCUGUGGGACGGGAGACCCGACAGUACGGCGCCGCUGACCGACCGGCAGACGGACUCGGUGCUGGAGCUGAAGGCAGCGGCGGAAAACCCGCCGGUGCCGGCCCAGCUUCCAAUGGAUGACUUGUGCAGUUUAACAUCCCAAUUGCUGUCCACUGAGCCAGCUGCAGUAGUGCCUGAGUCUACAGAAGAUAUUCUCUUGAAAGGCUUCACUUCCUUAGAAAUGGGAGAUGAAAGAAUUGAGACUGCACAGCAGUUUUUCUCGUGGUUUGCAAAGCUACAAACUCAGAUGGAUCAGGAUGAAGGAACUAAAUAUAGACAGAUGAGGGAUUACUUGUCUGGGUUUCAGGAGCAGUGUGAUGCCAUACUGACUGAAGUGAACAGUGCCCUGCAGCACCUGGAGUCACUGCAGGAGCAGUAUCUUUUUGUGUCCAAUAAAACAGGAACUCUCCAUGAGGCCUGUGAACAGCUCCUAAAAGAACAGUCGGAACUUGUUGAUCUGGCUGAAAACAUCCAACAAAAACUUUCCUAUUUUAAUGAAUUGGAAACUAUUAACACAAAACUGAAUUCUCCUACGUUGUCUGUGAAUAGUGAAGGAUUUAUACCUAUGCUGGCCAAAUUAGAUGAUUGUAUAAUGUAUAUCUCAUCUCAUCCUAAUUUUAAAGAUUACCCUGUAUACUUACUGAAGUUUAAACAAUGUCUUUCUAAAGCUUUGCACCUCAUGAAGACAUACACUGUGAAUACACUACAGACCCUCACAAAUCAGUUACUAAAAAGGGAUCCUUCAUCUGUACAUAAUGCAGACAAUGCUUUUACACUAUUUUAUGUGAAAUUUCGAGCUGCUGCCCCCAAAGUCAGAACUCUUAUUGAACAGAUAGAACAACGAUCUGAAAAAAUACCUGAAUACCAGCACCUGCUAAAUGAUAUCCACCAGUGUUACCUUGAUCAACGGGAACUUCUUUUGGGUCCUAGUAUUGCCUGUACUGUCACAGAAUUAACUAGCCAGAACAACAGAGAUCAUUGUGCCUUGGUUCGCAGUGGCUGUGCCUUUAUGGUCCACGUAUGCCAGGAUGAGCACCAACUUUAUAAUGAAUUUUUUACAAAGCCGACGUCAAAAUUAGAUGAGCUUUUGGAGAAAUUGUGCGUGUCAUUGUAUGAUGUCUUCAGGCCAUUGAUCAUUCACGUUAUUCACUUAGAGACUUUAUCAGAACUUUGUGGGAUUCUUAAAAAUGAAGUUCUUGAGGAUCACGUUCAGAAUAAUGCUGAACAACUAGGGGCAUUUGCAGCUGGAGUAAAGCAAAUGUUGGAAGAUGUACAAGAACGGCUUGUGUACCGAACCCAUAUCUACAUUCAGACAGAUAUCACGGGCUAUAAACCAGCUCCUGGAGACUUGGCGUAUCCUGAUAAGUUAGUCAUGAUGGAGCAAAUUGCACAGAGUUUGAAAGACGAACAAAAGAAGGUACCUUCAGAAGCUUCAUUUUCAGAUAUUCGGUUAGAAGAAGCAGAGUCUAACAGUCUAACAAAGUCUGCUUCAACAGAAUCCCUCAAUCCUAGACCACAGACCACGAUUUCUCCCGCAGAUCUGCAUGGAAUGUGGUAUCCUACAGUUCGAAGAACUCUUGUCUGUCUCUCCAAAUUAUACAGAUGUAUAGAUAGGGCUGUGUUUCAAGGAUUAUCACAGGAAGCAUUGUCUGCCUGCAUUCAGUCCUUACUGGGAGCAUCCGAUUCUAUCAGCAAAAACAAGACUCAGAUUGAUGGGCAACUUUUCUUAAUUAAGCAUCUUUUGAUUCUUCGUGAACAAAUUGCUCCAUUUCACACUGAAUUCACCAUUAAGGAAAUUUCCCUGGACCUCAAGAAAACUAGAGAUGCAGCAUUUAAAAUCCUGAAUCCUAUGACUGUUCCGAGAUUUUUUAGGCUGAAUAGCAACAAUGCCUUGAUAGAGUUCUUGUUGGAGGGUACUCCUGAGAUAAGAGAACAUUAUCUUGACUCUAAGAAAGAUGUAGACCGGCACCUGAAAUCUGCCUGUGAACAGUUUAUUCAGCAGCAGACCAAGCUAUUUGUUGAGCACCUCGAGGAGUUCAUGACAAAGGUUUCAGCAUUAAAAACAAUGGCCAGUCAAGGAGGCCCCAAGUAUACCCUUUCCCAGCAGCCUUGGGCACAACCAGCUAAAGUUGGUGAACUUGGUACAACUGCCUAUAAAACAUUAAAGACAAAGCUGCCACUGAUACUGAAAAGCAUGUCACUCUACCUGUCCAACAAAGAGACAGAGUUCAUCUUGUUCAAGCCUGUUAAGAAUAACAUUCAGCAAGUCUUCCAGAAGUUCCAUACCUUGCUAAAGGAAGAGUUCAGCCCUGAAGACAUCGAGGUCAUUGCUUGUCCUUCCAUGGAACAGGUGAACUUUCUGCUCUCCGUGUCUAAUUAAGCAGGCCUGUUGGACUGGGCUGGGCUGUGUGUUAGCAGUGUCCUGUGGGCCAGUGCUGAGGAGUCUUGGUGGCCUGCAGGGUGCUGAAGAAGGCUAUAUGGGAAUCUUGAGAACCACCUGGGCAUGCUGCUCCAUGCUGCCAGCAGAAGGAAACAAAGCGAAGUGAAGAGAUUGGUGUUACUCUUUCACAGACACCAUAUGCCAAAGAUUCAUUGAUGAGUGGUGGUAACCAUCCUAUGUCAGCAGUCACCAGAGCAGAAGCUUCUAUAGUAGCCAUGUGGGAAAUGUUUCCUCACAAACGUUGUGCAAUAAAAAGAGGUUACAAUAAGUAGUGCAAAGAACUUUAUGGAAAUACAGCUAACGGGAAAGCUGUUAAUGCUUGAGACACUGCAACACUUUUAACCAAUGAGCAUUCCACAGUGACUAUUUUUGUACUUCCAGAAAUCUUACUUCUACACUCUAUUUUAUGUCAUGUUUCUUCUAUCAUUUUGAAGCUUAGUUGGGAGUACUUAUAGUUCCAUUUAAGAAUGCAUCUUCCUUGCUCUCCUGGGAAUUCAGGGUGUCAUCUUUGUCUGGGAGAGGAAGAGGCAGAGGCCUCAUGUAACCCAUGCCCCUUGAAUGGCUGGGGUGCAGAGCAUUCAGAGCAGGGAACUGUAGCCACCACAGACACAGGUGGGAUUGGCCUCUUCAGUGCAGAUCUUCAGGGUACUGUAGUCUGUAGGUGUGUGUGGGGAUUACCAAUUAAUGUGUCUUGAGUCUGGGACAUCAAGGAGAAAGACACUAAUGAGCGGCAGGUUUCAUGAAUGAAGUGUAGUCAGUCGUUUUCUGCAUACUACCUUCCGUUACAGUUGUCCUUUAAAAGGCAAACGCUUUCCUGUGUAUCUCUUUAUCUGCCUGCCCAGUGCUGUGGCAGCCUUGGAAUCUCCAGCCCUGCCACAGUAGGAUACAUUCACCCACAAAUGGAAGGAUGACAAACACUGCCCAUACUGUAUCAGGGAUCACAAAUUAUGAGUAUCUGCGAAUUUUCCUACAAAUUUUUCAAAUUCAGAAUUGGAUUGCUUUUUGCCUCUGAUGUUACAGUAAAUGUAGCCUUUUUUGUUGUUGUUGUUCAAAAAAGAAUUCUGAGUCAUUGAGAAUUCUCAUGCAGUGGGGUUCUGGAAUGGAGCCAGUGACCUUGUAGUGCAGGUGGUAUGAGUAGCAUGCUCCUUAGCCUGAACGCAGGCUCUUGCACAGGGCUCCUGAGGCCUGUAGCAGGUCAGUUGCUUUUCAACCAGGUUUGAAUUGGUGGUGGACAUUGUUUGAUAGAGCUUAUUACUCUCUAUUUUGGGAAGGUAAGAGGGUCCAUAUUCUUUCUUUGCCAUAAAUGAAUUAGGAAAAUUAUAUUUACUUACAUUUACUGUUUUAAAUAUGUUUAAUGAAAUAAACUGUAAAAUAUCCAGUUUCAUGUAUUAUAUGUAUAUUAUGGUUUUCCAAUAGCCUUUCCAAAGAAAUGAAGGCAUGAUUAUUGUACAGUACUGUGACUGAUUAGUUUGCUGUACAAAGCCGAAUGUGUUCUUCGGGAUACAAGUAUGUAAUGGCACUUGUUCUUGUGGUUUGAUCUUUCGUUUCAGAAACAUUCAGAUACCUUACAAAGUGCUGGGUAGGAAAUAGUGAUCCAACUUGUUUGCUAAAUGAAUAUUUGUUUAAAUCUGUACAGUUUCACGUGUUUACUUAUACAGAGUGUACAUACUUUGAAAUAAUUAAUUUAAAAUGCUUUAUAUUAUUUGGCUAGAAAUUGCUGUUUUUAAUAAACGAAUUUUUUUAAAAAA